AUUACAACCACCACCACGAAGCAAUUCAAAAGAUGAUUACUAAUAAACAACAACAACAAAUGAGAAUAUUUGCAACAGCACAGCAUCCAGUGAAAUGCUUUUCCAUGCGUCAAACAGCGUUCAGUAACAUUCCAACUGUCAAAGCAAGCGUAACAAUCGAGCCGAAAAAAUGUAUCUCCUGGAGUGAGACGCGUAUACGCGUGUGUGUGUGUAUGUGUUUGUGAAAAAUAGUGAAGAAGAAAAUAAACAAAAUAGCAGAGCAUUUGUUGCAAAGUGUAUACUAAAAGUUGAAAAUCUAUAUUAAAAUAAUAAACAAUCGCUAUUAGUUUAGUGUAAAGCACCAGCUCCAGUCUCAAGAUGCAAUCUCAGUUGCUCUGCCCGUCAUGGUGCUGGCACUAUCUGCGUCUGAGUUGUUGGCUCGCCGUGCUCAGCACGCUGCUGCGACACACGCUAGCGCUGCCCGAUGUCAUCAAAAUUGGUGGCCUAUUUCAUCCGACCGACGACACACAGGAGCUGGCAUUCCGUCAGGCUGUCGAGCACAUCAACUCGGAUCGAUUAAUAUUGCCGCGCUCCAAGUUGGUGGCGCAAAUUGAGCGCAUCUCGCCGUUUGAUAGCUUCCAUGCGGGCAAGAGGGUUUGCGGCUUGUUGAACAUUGGCGUGGCAGCCAUAUUCGGGCCACAAUCCUCCAACACGGCGAGCCAUGUGCAAAGUAUCUGCGACAAUAUGGAGAUACCUCACUUGGAGAACCGUUGGGAUUAUCGUUUGCGACGUGAAAGCUGCCUGGUGAACCUGUAUCCACAUCCAAACACACUGGCCAAGGCUUAUGUGGAUAUCGUCAAGCAUUGGGAGUGGAAAACUUUCACCAUUAUCUAUGAGAACAAUGACGGCAUUGUGCGGCUACAGGAGUUAAUCAAGGCGCAUGAUAACUCACCGUAUCCGAUUACAGUGCGACAAUUGAGUUUAUCGGGGGAUUAUAGACCGCUGCUGAAACAAAUCAAAAACUCCGCCGAAGCGCACAUCGUACUCGACUGUUCCAGUGAUAAAAUUUACGAAGUCCUCAAGCAGGCACAACAAAUUGGCAUGAUGAGCGACUAUCACAGUUACUUGAUUACCUCACUGGAUCUGCAUACCAUCAACCUAGACGAGUUCCGUUAUGGUGGUACGAAUAUAACCGGCUUUCGUCUGAUUAACGAAAAGGUCGUCUCGGAUGUGGUGCGUCAGUGGAGUUACGACGAUAAGGGCUUACAACGCUCAGCCAAUUUGAGUACGGUGAAGGCGGAGACUGCGCUUAUGUACGAUGCGGUACAUCUAUUCGCCAAAGCAUUACAUGAUUUGGAUACAUCGCAACAAAUUGAUAUACACCCGAUAAGUUGUGAUGGACAGAAUACGUGGCAGCAUGGUUUCAGUUUGAUCAACUACAUGAAGAUCGUCGAAAUGAAGGGUUUAACGAAUGUGAUAAAAUUUGAUCAUCAAGGCUUUCGCACCGAUUUCGUGUUGGACAUUAUCGAGUUGGGGCCGCUGGGUAUACGCAAAAUUGGCACAUGGAAUUCAACACUGCCGGAAGGUAUCAACUUUACGCGUACCUACAGCCAAAAACAGCGCGAAAUUGAAGCGAACUUGAAGAACAAAACGUUGACGAUCACUACCAUAUUGAGCAAUCCGUAUUGCAUGCGCAAAGAGUCUGCGGUGCCACUCACUGGCAACGAUCAGUUUGAAGGUUAUGUUGUUGAUCUCAUACAUGAAAUCUCAAAGGCUCUGGGUUUCAACUAUAAAAUACAGUUAGUGCCAGAUGGCAACUAUGGCAGUUUCAACAAACAGAAUGGCGAAUGGAACGGCAUGAUACGCGAGCUGUUGGAGCAACGCGCCGAUCUCGCGGUCGCUGAUCUCACCAUUACCUUCGAGCGCGAACAAGCCGUUGACUUCACCAUGCCCUUCAUGAAUUUGGGCGUUUCGGUGCUCUAUCGCAAACCCGUUAAACAACCGCCCAAUUUAUUUUCAUUUCUCUCACCGCUUUCGCUCGACGUUUGGAUCUACAUGGCCACAGCAUAUUUGGGCGUUUCAGUGUUACUCUUCAUUUUAGCGCGCUUCACACCCUAUGAAUGGCCCGCAUAUUCCGAUGCUCAUGGCGAGAAAAUUGAAAGUCAAUUCACACUUAUGAACUGCAUGUGGUUCGCUAUCGGUUCAUUAAUGCAACAAGGAUGUGACUUCUUGCCGAAAGCUUUAUCGACCCGUAUGGUAGCUGGCAUUUGGUGGUUCUUUACUUUGAUCAUGAUCUCAUCGUACACUGCUAAUUUAGCGGCUUUCCUUACUGUGGAACGUAUGGAUUCGCCUAUAGAAAGUGCUGAGGAUCUAGCGAAGCAGACGCGUAUCAAGUAUGGUGCAUUAAAGGGUGGCAGCACGGCAGCGUUCUUCAGAGAAUCGAAAAUCUCAACUUAUCAACGCAUGUGGUCAUUCAUGGAGUCCGCACGACCGUCGGUUUUCACUUCGACUAAUGCCGAGGGUGUGGAUCGCGUUGCUAAAGGCAAAGGUUCUUAUGCUUUCCUCAUGGAAUCCACAUCCAUUGAGUAUGUGACCGAACGGAAUUGUGAGCUAACACAAGUCGGCGGCAUGUUGGACACCAAAGGAUAUGGUAUAGCAGCGCCACCUAAUUCUCCCUAUCGCACCGCCAUCAAUGGCGUCAUACUCAAGCUGCAGGAGGAGGGCAAAUUGCAUAUACUGAAAACCAAAUGGUGGAAGGAGAAGCGUGGCGGUGGCAGUUGUCGCGUCGAGACAUCGAAAUCAUCAUCGGCGGCUAAUGAGUUGGGACUGGCGAAUGUGGGCGGCGUGUUCGUAGUGCUAAUGGGCGGUAUGGGUGUGGCAUGUGUUAUUGCAGUGUGUGAAUUUGUGUGGAAAUCGCGAAAGGUCGCCGUCGAAGAGCGUUUAAGUGCGAUUUUGCACGAAUGAGAUUAAAAGCAGGAUGUGUGGGUUUGAAGGUGGCAGUGAAGGUUAUCAUGAGAAAGCGAGGCAGAGAGUUAUCAUGAAAAGGAGUUGAGUUAGCAUAAAUCGAUCAAGUGUAUGACAUUACCAGCGAUAUCUGAAGCGAUCUAAAGGCUUCUAUAUAAUUUGAACUUUAAGUUUUCUUCGAACAUAUUAGCAUUAAUUUAAUUGAGGUUAGUUUGUAACUUAGUAAAACAUAAAUACAGAACAUAUAGACAUAUAUAAUAAUAUAAAAUAGUGUCAAAUAUUUUAUAAGCGCAUUCCAUAUGAAUAUUUAGUAUUAGUGCUAGAGUUAUAGUAACACACACACAUACACACAGCGCAAAAUAUGAUAUUUACUAUUUAUAGCGAUAAGUUAAUAUGCAUUUAAUAGUAAAGAAAAUCAUAAAUAAAUAAUCAUACUGGAAUUGUGCUGUAUCAUAAGCCAAAAGCUAAAGCUUGUACACAAAACAUAUGCUAAAUUACUUGCUAAUUACUUACAAAACAGUUAU